UUCAUCGAGCGAGACAAUCCGGAACAACAACAUUGAGGAAUCGGACGGCUUGGAACCUGAACCAACAAAUUAUUCAAGGCUUGAGCGACAGAAAUGAAUUGUUUUGACGUCUAUGAACUGGAGGACAUUAGUGUCUGCGGCUAGUGAACCAGUAUAAUUAUACUAAUGCAAACUGGCGUGUUAAAGGCAUAGACACAACCUUUGGGCAAAGUUAAGAUGUCAUUAUGGGUGGCACUGCUGUCUGUGGCACCUUUGGGACGAGGUGUGGACUGCCUGCGGUCUUGCUUUGUCUGGCAGCUCUCCUCUGCGCCAAUCUGCUGCUGUAUUUCUACCUAGAUGCCCUGUAUCAGGACACUAACCCUCUCUCAGCACACACGCAGUGCCCGCUUCGCCACUUUAAAGUGGGCACCAGGACCACCUGUACCCCUUGGCUUCAGUGCCCCGAAAUUCGUGCUGAGGUCCGUCGUGUGAAGCUCAUCGGACAAGGAGCUGUGAAGAAGGUUUAUCUGUCAGAGUGGCGGGGUCAGAAGGUGGCGCUCUCCGUCUUGUCAUCAGAGCAGUAUACAGAUGAUUUCCUGCACGGACUGACAAUGCUACGUGCCUUGCAGAGCGCCCAUGUCGUGACGCUUGUAGGGGCGUGUGAAGAGGAUGGUGUGUUUGUAACAGAGUAUCACCCUCUGGGAUCAGCACUGACGCUUGACGCCACUCUCGCACAAGACCGAUAUCACUGGCGAAACUCCUGGCAUACUCGACUACAGCUGGCUAUAGACUACGUCGCCUUUCUGGCAUACCUGCACAGCAGUCCGGUGGGCAUCCGUGUCAUGUGUGACUCCAACGACCUGCACAAAACUCUCAGCCAGUUUCUGCUCACAUCCGACAUGCGUCUGUUGGCCAACGACUUGGAUGCGCUGCCUGAGGUGGAGAGGGGACGUCAAGGGGUGAAGUGCGGUCACCAUGAGCUCACCGGGGACUUCGCUGCUCCAGAGCAGUUGUGGCCUUACCGCGAGGAUGUGCAGUUCUCUGAUGAAGCCAUGCCUGGUUACGAUGAAAAGACAGACAUCUGGAAGAUUCCAGAUGUGACACGUUUCCUGUUGGGGAGUGUCCUGGGAAGUGAUGUCAUCCAUUUCCACUUGUUUCAGAUCUACACUGAAUGCAAGAGUAAUGAGCCUCACAUGCGGCCGACGGCGCUUGAGGUCCUCAGUGUGUAUCGCUCUGUCUACGACAGCAUGAUAGAGAGUCAAUCACAGAGAGUUAGAGAUAUGUUGUAGAGCGUAAUGGUCAUUAAAGGGGUAGUUCAACCAAAAACCUGUAUGUCUUACUUUCUUUUGUAGAACUUUA